UUACACACAGUACACACAGUGUUUCCAAUCAAUCAAAAAAAAAAACUGAGAAAGUUAGCGAUAUCACUUUUACCAGCAAUUGUGAAGACAGGAAUAAAGAGAAAAGCCAAUAUCUCUUUAUAUGAUGAUUUUCAAAUUCCUAAUUCUAAUAUAAAAGGAACUAAUUAUAACGUCAAAAAGCAAAUGUAUUAG